AAAACACAUCUGUGACGUCGCGGUUCUGUCUGCUCGAGGACAGCGCGGGAGCGGCGAGCGACGAGGAGCGUCAAACGAGGGACGAUUUAAAACCAACAUUACACGCUUUUUCUGACUGAAUUCGGCGUCUCCGGGGUCGUGUUGAAUUUCGGUCGAAACCUUUCUUGCCAGACAGGUACUUCAAAGAAGACUGAGGGAGGCAUACGUUCUAAAUUUCCCAUUAUUGAAAAUCACCAUCUGAGCUUGUGAAAAACGAACCCGAUGCCCAACUCUGAGCUUCUGAAAAACGAACCUGAUGCCCAACUCUGAGCUUCUGAAAAAUGAACCUGAUGCCCAACUCUGAGCUUCUGAAAAACAAACGCGACGCCCAACUCUGGGCUUCUGAAAAACAAACACGACGCCCGACUCUGAGCUUCUGAAAAACAAACGUAACGCCCGACUGAGCUUCUGAAAAACGUCCCUGACGCCCGACUGAGCUUCUGAAAAACAAACACGACGCCAGACUCCGAGCUUCUGAAAAACGUCCCCGAUCCCCGGUUCUAAUUUCCAUGCAGGAAGGCAAAAAGAAGAAGAGGAAGAAGGCGGUGCUGUUCUGCCUGAUCGACGACAAGAAGAACAUCAUCCUGGAGGAAGGGAAGGAGAUCCUGGUGGGAGACGUGGGGGAGAGCGUGGACGACCCCUACCUGACCUUCGUCAAGAUGCUGCCCGACGACGACUGCCGCUACGCGCUCUACGACGCCACGUAUGAGACCAAGGAGACCAAGAAGCAGGACCUGGUCUUCAUCUUCUGGGCCCCAGAAAACGCCCCCCUGAAGAGUGAAAUGAUCUACGCCAGCUCGAAGGAUGCCAUUAAAAAGAAAUUUACAGUUAAACCAAACACACAACCUAGGUGAAUCGUUGGCGUGUUAGUGUUGAUUUGAUGGGGCUGCAAGUCCAUACCUGAACUUUUUUAUUUUUUUAGGGAGAAGACUGUCCAGGAUUCAGUUACUUGUCUUCUGUGAUUCAUAGCUAAGGCAUUAGGAAAUUAGGACAACUGUAAGUAGACAAAUAAAUACAUUUUAU